AUGGAAGAGGUGAAGCGAUCCCUCUCGAGCACUUGUGACAAGCUUGUACCCCCAAAUCACGUUCUGCCACACAUUCGGGCACAACAGCACAGACAACAAUACAGAGUCAUUUUUAAGCUCCUCUUUUUUCCCCACUGCAAAGUUUUGCACAAACUCCUAGCAGUUAAACUCAGCAUUUGCAGGGAUAAAUCACAGCUGCAGGGAGAAGCUGUUUCCUCCCUGAUGGGGAAUGAAGAAGUGGGGCAAAAUGCAGGCAGCGGGGUGGUGCCUGAUAAUAGCCCUCUCCUUUCUCUUUGGCCUCUGCGAGACUGCUCCAGGACUCCCUCUGCUCGCUCAUGGCUGGUCCACUCUGCAUUCCUCAGCAUCUCCGCUUUCCCACGUCCCCUCUCCACAUGGCUCAGUUCAGGCACCAUGCAGUGGGCUGCCAGGCAAAGAUGUGAGGUGGCAGUGGGAAGAGGAGGCAGUGGCCUGAGAAAGAGGGCCGGCGAAGUGAGCAGCGUGUUGGUAGCAGGAUUGGGAGGUCCCCCAGCGUGCCAGACAGAGAAGCCUGAGUACACAGGGAAACAGACCAACGUUAGAUACAACAGCAGACUGCUCAUCGUUUCCUUCGACAGUCCGUCUUAUGCAGAUACAGCGCGUGAUGUCCUUCCAGUGCAAAUGAAUCCGAUAGUUCAGUCUCAGUUUAUACCCUUGGCUGAAGUGCUUUGCGGUGCUGUGUCUGAUAUGAAUGCUGCCCAGAUUGUGGUGACACAGGAGUCCCUGCUGGAGCAUCUGGUGGAACAUUACCCAGGCAUCGCGGUUCCAUCUCCAGAUAUUCUUUAUACCACUCUGGGAACUCUGAUUAAAGAAAGGAAAAUUUAUCACACUGGAGAGGGGUACUUCAUAGUCACUCCUCAGACUUACUUCAUUACGAAUAUAACCCCCCAUGAAAAUAAGAGAGACCUAUCGGAUGAAAGCCACCAGAUGCCAACUUGCAUUACUUAUCUGGUGAGCGUGGAGAGCUGUGCAGAUUUGGCCAAAGAAAAUGCUGCCCCCAUUUCCCACUGUCAGUCUUGCCGGUGUUUCCCUGAUCUGUCCACUCAGGAAGUACGGGAAACACCAGCUGCUGCAGAAGUGACUAGAAAAAGCCAGAAAGAUCUGCAGGAAUCCAAAUCUUUGGGACAGAAUCAAGCCGUUUCUGUGUCUGAGGAGAAUCACGUCGGUGAAAGCACGAAACCUUUACCAUACACAAAAGACAGAGAAAAAGGCAGGAAGUUUGGCCUUAGCCUCUUUUGGCGUAGUAUAUCCAGAAAGGAGAAGGCCAGAAUAGAGCACAGUAGUUUCUCUGCCCAGUUUCCACCGGAAGAAUGGCCUGUUCGAGAUGAAGAUAACUUGGACAAUAUCCCGAGAGACAUUGAACAUGAGAUUAUCAAGCGAAUUAAUCCCAUUCUGACUGUUGACAAUUUAAUCAAACAUACCGUCCUAAUGCAAAAAUACGAAGAACAGAAAAAAUACAAUAGCCAGGGCACUUCCACCGAUAUGCCUACGGUCAGGCAUAAAUAUCCUUCAAAAGAGGGAGUUAAGAAAAGGCGGGGCCAGUCUGUAAGGCCUCGAAGGCUGGGCCAUUCUCAUAGGGAUAGACACAAAGCCAGGAGUCAGGGAAGUGAGCCUCCGCCAGGAAGCGUUAGACCAGAGAAACACCCCCGCCUCCCUGCUGCACAGCCAGCCUCCAGGAUUCAAAGCCCAAACGAAGCAGUAGUGCAGAAACCACUUGAUGAGAAUCCAUCAGUACUAGGUUCCCAUCUGCUUUACAAGAAGCGAAUCAGUAAUCCUUUCCAAGGUUUGUCUCACCGAGGGAGCCCGGCAGCCAAAGGGUACAACAUCCAGACCAGUGAUCUGAAACCCAGUCAUACUGGACCAAAGGGAAAGCCUUUCCAAAGGUCAAGGUCUUUGGAUGCCCCAAGAAUCUUGGAGAGUAAAGGAAAACAGCCACGUACUGAACAAUGUAAAGAUAAACUGACAGCCGAACCCGUUUCUAUGCAUAACGCUACGGUCAAGUCUAUCGGUGAUGGUUUUAGGGAUCCCCUCUUGAAUCACUCUCAGCGUAGUGUUUUGCAAAAUGGUAGUAAAUGUUGCUCCUUUAGGGAAAGCCUGAAGACGUACGAUGUGUCUGGUGGAAAAAACGAGGUAAUCCCUGAGGUCUUGAGGAAAAGUUAUUCUCACGUUGACGCACUAGGGGACGCAAAAGGAACACAGGAUGUGCUGCCAUCGCGAGGUUCCUCCUCUCUAGGCCAUGCUUCCUCUGCUUGUAGACUACUUGAUAAAACAAUACACCAGUUCCAAAAUCUUGGUCUUUUGGAUUUCCCAGUUAGUGAGAACUAUCUGAGACAACCUGAGAGACAAGAUGGAGACUCAGAAGAAACACUCGUAAGAAAGGCAUUUGUCCAGGAAGCACAGACUGUGAGCCCAGAAAAGGAAGGGCCUCCUGACGAUAACCAGGCCUUGUAUCAGAACCAAGUGGAAGAUGACGAUGGAGCCUGUAGUUCAUUAUAUCUGGAUGAGGAGGACUUUUCUGAGAAUGAGGACUUAUGUCAAAUGCUGCCUGGUCACAUUCAGCAUUCCUUUACAGAGGGAAGCACGUGGAAUCAUUUAGGAAAACCAAAGGGGCCUGAAAGAUCUCUGACUGAGUACAACCGCAAAAUACACAGGUCUGAGCCUCAGGUGCUUAAAGGAAAUGAGUGUUACAAACCCACUGGGUUGGUCACUAACCCGGGUGAAAGCCAAACCCCUAAUCUCUCUGCUGAAAGCUGUCGCCUCAGUUCAGGCACUUGGCCCAGUUUUAACUAUGAAGAGGGACCCAGCGGUGCUACAUGUGUGCAAGCCUCAGCAAACACUGAUGAAAGUAUAUUUGAUUACUAUGGCACGAGGAAAGCCAGUUCUGAGACUGAAACCCUGCAUGGCUGGGUUGGUGACACAGAAAAGAACCCAGCUAGCUGGAGUCAGGGUGCCCAGAAUCCGGAAGUGAGAAAACAGUUCACGCACAAGUUAGAACUUUUCAACCCUUCACAUAUGCCAGUGUUGGCUCAGGAUAUCCAACAUGAACACAGUCAUCUGGAAGGAACAGAAAAUCAUAGCAUGGCAGGAGACAGUGGAAUAGAUUCUCCACGGGCACAGAGUCUGGCAUCUAAUAAUUCAGUCAUUUUGGAUGGACUAAAAAGAAGACAGAAUUUUCUGCAGAACUUUGAAGGCACAAAGAGCGGUCAAACACUCACAUCCAAUUCCUUACUACAACUAACUCCAGCCAUAAAUGUUUAAUUCUUAUUUUUCUUUGGAAAACUCUUUGGUAAAAAUGUACAGCAUUAAUAUAGUACAUUUUAAUCGACUAAGUAUGGAAGAAUUCUCUAAAGCCAAGCAUAAUAAUGAGAUUCUGUUAAUCUCAUUAUAUAUAGUGUUCUCAUUGCUGGUUUUCCCCCUUUUUUGACAUUUUAAAGCUUUUUUAAAAGAUGAUUUCGCUAUGAACUUA